AUGAAGGAUGGAGGAGAGGAGGAUGAACUGUGGACAAUGGCAGAAAACAUCGCAAAGUGCCAAUGGCAAGAACCUCGCCUCCGAAACUUCCCCUGUCACCCAAUGAUCCGCCCAUUCAGACUUCACUCCUUCUUCCCCUUCCCAAGAUCCCAAGUUCCCAAGUCUGAGUCUGUCCUGCCACCCCUUCACCCCUGCUUGGCCGCGCAAGCCUCAUCUCUGGAUGCUACCUCUUUUAGAGCCCACCAGCGUGGCCCCCCGCAAGGCUCACCGGCGCCAGGGGCUACCCUGAGCCGCCAUUUCGACGACGACGACGACGACGACCACAACCACGGACUGCAACUUCCUCCCAGCCCAAACCUCGUCCGCUCACUACACCUACACAGUACUCCGUUCUCGCGGGUUUCAAUCCGCGGGUUGCCCAGUGUAACGACGACAUCGCCGCUUGCAGCAAACUUCACCUCAUCGACGGAACGACACUCUGCUAUCUUCCUUGAACCCACCAUCAUCCAACUUCAACCACCUCAGAAUAGCGAGAACAUGUCACCAUCAAGUAACAUCAUCUCGUCGAUAACACCGUACCGUCAUCCGGAGAUUCGCCGCCAUCGCCGGAUCUCCAUUUUUGUUCGUCUCCCAUGGCCGGAAUAG